UCAUCAUGUUUACUUGUGUCAGUGAAAAUGAAUCAUUUUUAUGAUGGUACACUCUUGUAGUCUCAGGUAUGGCAUAAGCUUAAAAGAUCAUUUAAAAUUUUAAAGAUUUUUUUCUUAUGAGAGCAGUCAGGCAAUAAGAUUUAUUAAACAUUCUGCAGCUAUUCACGCCAUACUAUUUUUGUGCUCCCUACAACAUAAACUUUUGCUAAUGUAAAACCAUCUAAGCCUAGUGUACGCUGACAUUGUACAUUUUCUUUCUUGGUUUUUAUUCAUUGGCUUAAAGACUGGCAAAAAUGACACAGUAACAAAUUACUUUUAACUCUCACAAAUUUGGAUGUAAAGCACUUGCAUCAGACUUUGCUGUGAAAAUGGAGCCUCACCUCCUGAGAUGUGUGCGAGUUAUCAACUGUUACCUCGUUUUUAGUUUUCUUCCUAUAGAGAUGCAUCUACCUUCACACAGUCAGGCUAGGAAAUGAACAUCAGUCCCAUGACAAAUGCUGGUAAACUUAGCAACAGGCAAAGUUUGUGUACUUGUUUAAUGUUUGGUCUGAAAAGUUAUUUUCCUGAACUGAUCAUAAUGUGCAAUAUUUAGCACCUUUGCUCUUCAUGUUGCCUAUCUUUCAUAGACAGUGCUGUAUAAAUGUCAUUGUCUAAUAUCCGCACUUUGUGUUUGUGUGAGUGUGCGUAUGUGUGUGUGUGUGCAUGCUGAGAGUGACUUGAAUGUUGAUUGGUUGGAUAAUGUUUGAAGAAUGAAUAAAAAGUUACAAGAGCAAAUGGGUUUGUUUCAUUUUGGGAAAUGGAGAAAUGGACUCAUUGUCUUCAUCAAUCCAACCUAAUAACGAUGCAACUAACACUACCUUUGUGAAGCUUCAAAUUAUCAAAUUUAGUUCAAACUAUGUCGGAGAGGUGUUAAUUGUGCUGUCCUUUGGAGUACAAUACAGAUUAAGAAUUUCCUGUUAUUUUUGUCAGCCCAUUUUCCAUGAGACAUAAUAGUACUCCUUACAAUGUAGCCAACUGUUGUUCUAGAAAGCUGUUGUUCAAGUAAAACUCCAGCAGAGAGCGUACUUUCAUAAAACAGGAGGGCAGGGUUGGAACACAAUGGACAUCAGCCUGUGAGAGGAAAUGCCAGAUGAUACAGAGAAACUAGUUUGUCAAAAACAAAGGCAUUGUGGGUGAGAAAAUGUGUUUAAAAUUAGAGUCCAGACGAGUAACAUGAAUGUGGCACAGCAGAGAGUACAGUACAUACUUGUGGGAAGCAUAAUAACAAGAGAAAGAAGUAAAGUUUUCCCUUUUUAUGUCUCAAAUUUAAAUCAGACCAGAUCAGAGCAAUGAGAGAAUAAAUGUGACUUUUACUACAGAAGAUAAAACUAUCUGCCCUCUUCAGUAGCUUGGUCACUGCCACUCAUAUCAAAGGUUAAAUACAACAACGCAAAUGAAUCAAUUCAAUUAUACUGUCUUAACUAUGUAUGACAUUUAAUUUCUUUUGAAUUCCACUCGUCGAAGGCUGCACUGAAAUUAUGAGAAGGAACAGCACAUGACUAAGAGGAAGACUAUUUUGCCUUCAAGCAGUCCAGCUGAUUGCCCACGAGAUCCAACCCUAAAGCACAAUAAAAUGUCAAGCCGUAUCAGCCACCAUCCUCUCAAAUCCACAAGCUGAAAGUGAUAGGUGUUGGUUUGGUAGGCCAAUGGAUAAAAAACAGUCAAUUAAAUGUCUGAUAAAAGAGAGAGAUGUCUCUUUAAAUUCUUGACUUGUAUCCCUGUCCACUUACACGGUAAAACAUCCAGAGAUAAAGAUGUGGCCGACAGCUGCAGGCAUGCAAUACUACACUCCAAGUCGUAACAGCAAACAGAUGUGAGGCUCAUGCUGUGGAGCAGUGAAAAUCAAAACAGCAAACAUAACAAGAAGGGAAGUGGCUGCAGUUACAAAAAGAGAAACAAAAGAUGGCGUAAAAACAUGGUAAAAGUAUGUCAAAAAGUGGCAAAAAUGCAGAUGUGAAACUAGUUACAACACAACACAUCCAGGUGUGUUUCAGCUAACACCCCCAGAAUCAACCAAAUGUGACUGUUUUUUUCCCCAUUUAGGCCAUUUACAUCCAUGCUUGUGGUGAUCAACAUGAGAACUUCCCUCCAGGUUUGAGGCCAUGGUGAAACAUUCGCAAAUGGACUCCAUCAUAAAAAUUUGAGGAUGUGUUCAUUACAGCAUUUCCCAUUUUUACGACUUUAUUAAUUCAUAUAUAUAUUAGUAUUAUAUUUUGUAUUGAAUUACUUUACAACUACACAUCUAAGUCCUUCAUUACCAUGUAUAUGCACAAGUAUAACCUCCUUCCUGACAUUUACCCUCACACUCACCAGCUGCCUUCACUGUUUCAGAUGCUACCCUGAUACCGCUUUACACAGCAUAUAAAAGGCAUUAUCAAAAGCCAUUAAAACUUUAUAACCACCCAUUAGGCUUUCAGUGUUGCCACACAAGCUGUGUUAGUAUUGGUCAUUAACUUGCUUAUCUCACUCGUUUCAUAAUCUGAUUUUAUCUGCUGAGCUGGUUUCUGUGAACUGGACCUGAAAUAUUUGAGCCUUGCGUGUUUUUGUUGGCACAGGAAGAUGCAGAGGGGUGUACUACGAGGCGAGAUUAGUGGGUUAGCAAAGUAUGUUGAGCCUAAAGCCAGGGUUUUCAAUGUCAUGAAGGUGGCUCUCUUUUAACCUGGCUACAUCACCAUGGUAACUUUUACUGCAAACUUAACCUGGUCUGUAGGAGGUUAUGUUCCGAGUUUCGGCUUAAAUCGGCAAUAAAAAGCGCCGCCGUUUCACUAACCACCUGAUUUGCUGCCAGGGUUUGUCGAGCCAGCUCACACAAAGAAAGCCUGGGUAUGUUGAACUUGCUUCGUAGUACACCCCGCUCUUGGUCUUGGUGAACCAGUAAAAACAAGAACAAACAUGCACAAGGAGUCAGGAGUAGUCAUCUCUCAAAUGCCAUAUGUUUGUGUUCUUCUCUUCAUGUACGAGGCAUCAAAGCUGCCUUUUCUCUGAGUGCAGUUUAGCGAGAGUCUGCUUUGCACAGCUGAAGAUCUCCAACAUGAUACCUGCAGUUACACUCAACAAUGGAGCAAAGAUGCCUAUUAUGGGUCUAGGGACAUGGAGGGCAGAACCAGGAAAAGUCACUGAGGCCGUAAAAGUGGCUAUAAGUGCUGGUUACAGGCACAUCGAUGGUGCUUAUGUGUACCAAAAUGAAGAAGAAGUUGGGGCUGGAAUUCAUACCAUGAUGGACCAAGGAGUGGUGAAGAGAGAGGAUCUAUUCAUCGUCAGUAAGUUAUGGUGCACCUUCCACCUUCCAUCUCUAGUGAGGAAGGCCUGUGAGAAGACUCUCAAUGACCUGAAACUGGACUACCUGGACCUAUAUCUCAUGCACUUCCCUAUGGGAAUGAAGCCAGGGGACGAUCUUUUUCCUUUUGAUGAGGACGGCAAGAUCAUUUCUGAUGGCAGCAACUUCUUAGACACUUGGAAGGCUAUGGAAGAGCUAGUAGAUGCCGGGUUGGUCAAGGCUAUCGGCAUCUCUAACUUCAACAAGGACCAGACUGAGGCCAUACUCAACAAGCCAGGCCUCAAGUACAAGCCGGCCACCAACCAGAUUGAGUGCCACCCAUUCCUGAUCCAGGAGAAGCUGAUCAGCUACUGCCAUUCAAAGGGCAUCUCAGUGACAGCUUAUAGCCCUCUGGGCUCCCCUGACAGACCCUGGGCUUCAUCUGAAGAGCCCUCUCUCCUGGAGGAACCUAAGAUAAAGGCUAUCGCCAACAAGUACAACAAGAGUCCUGCACAGGUUCUUAUCAGGUUCCACAUCCAGAGGAAUGUGAUUGUCAUUGCCAAGUCAGUCACGCCCAAUCGAAUCAAGGAGAAUUUCCAGGUGUUUGACUUUGCAUUAAGUGAAGACGACAUAAAGGUCAUGCUGAGCUUGAACAAAAAUUGGAGAGGUUUCCCCAUGCCAUGGGGCUCAAAACACAAAGAUUUCCCACUGAAUUCAGAAUACUAACACAUCAGACAGUAUGCUGCAUAGUUUUUUCUUUCUUUUCAUCUACUACUGAGCAUUCUUUUUAUUCAAAAUCUUCACUUUUAUCUGGAUUACUGUUUUAUAAUCUUUGCUACUGAAUGAAUGAAUGUUUUGAAUGUUUUGAAUUAAUGAAUGACAAAUGAAAGCAUUUGUGGGUUACAGACACAGUCUGCUUGUUUUGCUAAAGUUAUCCACAGAGAAAGUUAGAGGAUAAUAGACAGUACAACUAUAUUUGGGAAUAUGGAUCUGUAAUCUAAGAUAAUUCCUUAUAAACAUAAGUAGAGUGCGAAGAGUGCACCGACCACACAAUAAAAUAAUGAAAUACAAUCCAAACAAAUCUUUUGAAGUGUUACAAAACACUGCAACAUGAAUUAGUUGACAAAAUGGCCUAAUUUCUUUAUGUGUCAAGAUAAAUCUAUGUACUGUAUGAUCAUGGUAACAAAAUACUACUAGCAAUAAACCUAAUGUGACCCACAAUUGUUGCAGUGUUUGUAAUAUUGAUUAUGUUAGUCCUUUUUCAUGAAAUAUUUAUAUGUCUAACCUGUUUCUAUGCUGUAUAUGUUUUUAAUUCUUUAUGUAAACCACUUUGAAUUUCCUUUCUGUUCAUGUACUACUUUAAUAAACUUGCCUUGCCUAUAAUAUGAAUGCUGUGUGACAAUCCAGCCAAAACAGUAUGUGAACUAUCUGACCUGACAAAAUAUUGACAUUUAAUCUCUGCUGUUAAACCUUUCUCCUCCAUUGAGUUGAAUCAGUCCUCCUGCCUCCCCAGACUUGAUAACAUCUUAGUUAUCACAGUUCUCAGAUCUUUCUGCUGACUCACACCUGAGACUGUUGGUCCAUUUUCUUUGUUUACAGCCUUAAUUUCCUGCCUGACAGGAGGAUAAUAAACAUUCAUUGCUACUUCAACUUCUUACUUGUCAUAAAUAUGGAUACUUGCACUCAAAUGGCUGUUAUAUAAGACUCAUAGAGACAGUAGGGCACACCUCUGGUGCAUGAAAGCUAAAGGAAGACUUGUCAACACUUACUAGAGGGGCAAAAUAAGCAAAUUGUAUGUCACAAAAAACAUAUCACACUACAUUUAAAAGUGUGUUAACCUGUGUGUCACUGACAGCUC